CCUUCCUUUCCUCAAUUUUCACCUCGCUGCCGACUGCCUACGCUCUCUCGACGCUGGGGCGAUUCACGAGCCCAUAGGCACCCUCCAGCACGAUGGCAGCUUCGUUCGCGGCGUACGCAUCUCAGUUUCUGAACAGACAACAGACCGCUGCAUCUAGUCUGUCCUCCUCUCAGCCCCUCUUCUACUCGUUUUCGACCGACAAUGGGUCCCAUGCAGGCAAUAUACACGAAGCCGACCUCGAUGAUAUCGACGAUCCACACUUGCGUGCAAGCAGCAUGAGCAGAACCACUGUCCAGAGAGAUUUGCACUCCCCGCAGCACGAGGAGGAAGAGGAGGAGGAUCCAUAUCUACGGCUGGACGAGGACGAGCCAGGCGUCUCGCGGCAGCAGGCCGCGUCAAUACCGUUGCUAGGAGUGUCGGAAGGGGAUGGGGGUAAGGGAUGGCUUGCGCAUGCGUCCCCUCUCCGUUCCCCAUCUCCGUCCCCGUCUAACUCCUCAGCCGACUCAUCCAAUCCGCCACCCGAUAUACUCCAUGCCCGUCCGCCGUCUCCUCAUCUUUUCCAACAACAGCACUCCCCACCGUCGCGGCCACUACCACCUCCCCGCACGGCCGUAUCCUUAUCGCUAACGGAAUCAUUACUACCUCGAGACGGCCGCACACGACCAGUAGAUGUCUUCUCUCUACCCGACCCACGCUAUGUUCCUCGAAAUCGGCGGAAGUUCAACGACUCUCACUGGACCACCGUCUGGUGCGCCGGGGUCAGCAUAUGCGUAGUGGGCUCGAUUCUGGUUCUCUUCCUCACGCAUGAGCCCGCGAACCGCCGCAAGACCUCGUACUUCACGCUCUUGCAUACCGUGCCUCUACUCACUAUCCUGACGUCUCUGAGUGCUGUUGUCUGCUAUGUCCACAUAUUCCUGCUGCGCGUCUUUGUCAAGCCAGUCAUGGUGGCCACCUCUGUGUUCAUCCCAGCAACACUCCUCAUCUCCGCUUUGUGGGCCUUCAUCGGGAGCUUCAUGUGGGAUGGGGAUCAGGUGCCAACAUGGGGAGAAACGGUCGGUCUGCGGCUAUUCUCUUUGGUCCCGCUAGUCCUUGCUGUCCUCACCGGUCGACGGCUACUGAACCUCCCGCGAGAUAUCCAUACGGCAUCCUCACUUCUUACCCUGACGACACGACUGCUAAUGGAGAACCCCUUCCUGCUCGCCCUCUCGCCAGCAGUGUUACUCGCUAUGUUGUUGCUUUCUAUCCCUUUUAUCACCCUCGCGUUCCGUCUGCUGCUUGUCGGUGUUUAUACCCCGGUGAGCCCGACGCGCUCUGCCUGGCAUGUGAGCGAAUGGGCCCACUGGGCGAUUGCUGCCACCAUCGGUGUCUGGUUAUGGACGUGGGGCGUCGCGCGUGGACUCCUUCGGGUAUCAUGCGCAGGAGUUAUUGGUGCAUGGUAUUUCGCAGAUCCAGUACUACCUCCCCCUCCUCCUACAUCGACGCACACUAUCCAUGCCGCGCUUACACGGGCCACCCAGCCGUCGCUGGGGACGAUCGUGCUUUCCGCGCUCAUCGUCACAGGCAUCCGCCUCCUUGGUCUUAUAACCCUCGGCUUGCGCGCCUUGCCCGCGUAUCUCCCGCCGUACAUGCGCUUCGUGAGCAUAGGUGCGGGGAUGGCUGUGGCAUACCUCGAGGCGGCUACAAGCUCGCUAAGCACGUACGGACUUGUAUACGCUGGGCUGACGGGCGACGCGUUCUUCCCGAGUGCUCGGCGCUCCCGUGCGCUCACUGGCGCGGUGGAGAACCCGUCUGUGGUGAACUACAGGCGACGAUUCCAAACUGAACCCUCAUUGACCCUGCUCACGGUCGCCCCGCUGACCCUGACGUUCCCAUUUGCAUUGCUCACCUAUCUGUUCGUUGCGCAUACCUUGAACGCACCAGAUUCGGCACUCGCGGCGUCGUUACUCGCAGGGCUGGUUACUGCGCUUGUCGGCAUGUUCUGUAUCGGGCUGGUCAAGGACACUGCGGACACGUUGUACAUCUGCUAUUGCAUAGACAAGGACGCGGGUGAGCACCGUAGGGACGAGGUGUUCUCUGCCUUCGAGUAUGAGAACCGAGCCAACACCCGGCACGCCCCACCCGCGCCUGCAUCCUCAGCACAGCCCCCUCAUCCAAUCAUCUCGGUGCCUUCGCAGCGGGACCGCCGGCAGCCCCUACCAGCGUCUCCGCCUCCCAGGCAGCAGCCGUUGCCUCCACAUGCUGCACCGCGCCGCGACCCUACCCCAGAUCCGUUCGAAGUGGAAGAUAACUCGCCUCUUUCGGACGAUCUCCCCGGGCAAGAGUACGACCCGUACUCGCCCGCGUCCUCUGGGAUCCACUCGCAGGCGAACGUACGCGCAUCGAUGGGCGCGGCGUCGGCCGGGCGCAUGCCGCUGAGCCAGCGCAUGCCGUCGGACCCGAUGAUGGGCAGGUCGAGGGCCGGCCUGGCGGUGUCGAGGCUGGAGCCACCGCUGGAGAGCGACGAGGAGGACGCGGAGGAGAGCCAGCUGUUCCCCGGGAGUGACCUGUUCUGAGCACUGGGACUUGGGGCUUGUACGCUCUUCUUUUUGCGGUCGUGUUGACAUGUAGAUAGCGCAUAUCUGGUCCCCAGUACGUGCAAUGUAGGGUGGUUGCUUAUUACUUCAGUAUCUCCGUAAUGUUGCGUCGCGGUGCCGAGGACCUUCUGCACCUCUUACUCCGCUCCCUCCAUGUCCACCGACAGUCAGCUAGCCCGUGCUGCACUAGUUAUGUUCAUGUCAUGUUAUGUCUUUGGCCUCAUGUCUUACGCCUCCG